UUUCAGCCAUCUUCCCAUGUCCAUACAUACCACUACACCCCGCAUAGAUGCAACCACUGUCAUCCGUCAAGCCACACUGAUAUGGGACAUGCGACCCAAAUGCUUUCCCCAGCUCUGUUGUAAAAGCAGAGUGCGGGCCUGCCGAUAUUGUCGCCCACCAGUCGCGCAAUUUAGUAUCUGUGUCGGCACCCAAGUAUGCUGUGGGUGUUGUCUCCCACUCGGCACUCGUAUUACAGACUCCUCGUGGAGAUAGCUGAGCUGUCGCUAUCGACAGCAAGGCGAAACGUAGGAGUGUUACCCUAAACAUCGUCGCGCAUCUGAGCAGAAGCACGAAUCCGGGACUAUGGCUUCUACCAAACGUGGUAAUGAAGAAAAUGGCAAGGCCUAUAACAACUACGGCAGCCGCGCAUAUGUUUAUGCGAUUAUCGGGAAACCCGUAAGUUGGGGCUAUAUUUACGAGCAUUCGUAUAGAUACCUUUUUCGUGAUGGUUCCACCCAACAGCUUUGGGGAGCGCUCCACACAGCCUCGAGGAAGCGCUCAGCCCCUGAUGGCCUCGUAGUAGGCGAAUCACAUCCAUGGCGAGCCGAGCGGCGUUCCACAGGUCCUGUCGAGUCCAGCCUGGUCGCCACCUUGAAAUCUGCGGUACGAGGACAAUUUGUGGAGCGCAUUCUUGUGGGAAGCGUCAUAGCUGUUCAUAACACCAAAAGUUACGAAGGACUCGCUGAAAUGAAGAAGAGAGACUACGUCGAAGCGCGGCACUACAGACAACGAGACGGCAUAUUCGUGUUCGUGCCGAGCAAAUACGAGCUUCGAGCAGCCACUUCUCUUGGCCUUUCCUAGGGUUCUGUUACGUGGGGGCUGUGGGUCAGAAUCAUCUUGAUUGGCCUGUUGGGGUCAUAAGCCACGAGUGUCAUCUCUUCCAUUCUCCAUGCGGAAUGAGGAGGUAGGUGAUUGCUGAAG